AUGACAUCGAGAAGCAAAUUAAAAACAAUAAUUCUUCAACAUUCGUGUAUUUUUUCUAGGCUUCCUCAAUUUCAAAUCCUGCCUGAUCAGUCUAAUUAGUUUCUUGCUGAACAUAUAAAUAAUAAUAAUGAUAAUAAUAACAAUAAUAAUUAUUAUUAUCCUUUAUAUCAAGCCGCAGUUCUUUCUCUCUCAUUGGUUCAAUGUCGUAUCGAAAAAUACGGUUACUUUAAAAUGAAGAUUAAUUUUCCCCCUAUCUUAUCUUUUUUUGUACUGAAUAAGACACAGACAUGCCUCGCUAAGCAGACUAGAAAGACCAAAGAGACUAAUGGCCUACUGUUCGUUCUUGGUGGAUUAUUCCCCAGAUUACUAUUUGUCCAGCUUUUAAACUUCACUUUAACACACUACCGAUACAUAAGACAACUGAUGAAAUUUCCCAAUAAUCAAUUGAAUUUUAGUUAAAAGUUGCAACUGAAUGAAAACAGAAUAUGACUUUUAUUGGGAUUUGUAUCACCUUGAGGAGCCGAUUACCAGUAAUCGGCUGCUGUCACCGAUCAAGACAAAAAUUUGGCACAGUUUUUUUUUUAAAUUUUGCAUAAAAAUGAGAUAGAAAAGCUAUUAUGUAACUUUUAUGUUGUUAAACUGAAUUCAGAAGUAACAAUAACUAUUAGAAAUCGAUAAAAUUAAAUCAAUAACUAUUACAUUGUUAAAACUUCGGCGAUCAUUAAUCAGCUGAAUUUGUUCAGAUUUUCAGGUGAUCUAGCGGAGCGGGGUUUCAAGUUCAAUGUUAAUGAAAAAAAAAGUCUUUACACUUACGCUUUUAAAACUUUAUAGCAAUUCCUCACUUUUAGUUGGUGGAACAGUGAAAAAUGUAACAACAGAUGAUUCUGUUGAAAGGAGCAAAGAAACAACUGGGUUGUCUUUGCUGCCUCAAAAGAACCAUACAGUCACAAUGAUAAACAGUCAAAAUAUUGGAACAGCGCUUAAAACCUAUGUUCAAAGCAAUCUUUUUGUUGAAUAUAAAACUGAAAAUUUUCAAAGUGUACACACAAAAGCAAUUGUCUAAAACGCUAUUUACUCAGCCUCAGUGUUUUAUACUGAAAUUUUCUCAACUAACAUUUAGCAAUUGCAUCAAAAAGAAGAACACAACAAUAAAAAAUUAGGUUUUUAUAUCAUAAUGACGGGAAACGAAAGUCGUCUAGGAGCAAUUUCGAGCAAAAGUUUAGGUUGUAGCAAGUUCGAAGAGAAGUUCAUAAAUUCAAAAUAACUUUGCAUUGUCCAAAUAUGACUUAUUAAGAAACUAUCUCAAAAGUGAUUACAGAAGAUCUAAUGAUUUGGGUUAAUUAACCCAGCAUCUCAGUUAAAGUGUGUAAAUUUAAUCUUAGCAAAUGUAUGCCUUUUGUUUGCACAGUGGAUCGUGGUGGUUAUUAGUGUUGACAGACCUGUCUAUAGAAAAUAAAAAAUUAAUCAAGGACUUGGAUGACUUUGCUUGUUCAGGCAAUCUGCAUUGACUCAUUUCCUAGGCAUAUAAGAAGCUGCAUGUGUUUCUGCAGACUAGAUACCUGGUUCACACAGCAUUAAGCUGGACACAAGUUCAUCAUGAAAGUUUCAGCGAUUUUCUGGGUCUUCUGUGCAACUCUCCUCGCCAGUUACGGGGAUGGUAAUUGUCCUUUUAAAACAAUAUAUUUUUUUUCAAUCAUUUGUCUAAAUAUUUAGUCUCUUAAAAGAGCAAUGGAAAGUAGCUGUGAUCGGGGUCAAACCCGUCAAAGAAGGCAAUCCGAUAAAAAACAAACUUUAAAAAUCGAUAAAGAUAGAAACUGAACAUAAAAGAAAGUAUGAUGACCGAAAAUACUUUCGAAUCGAAAAAGAAUCGUUCCAUUACUGAUGCAAUAUUCCUUUUCGUCUCAUUAGAACGUGAAUGUUUUGUUUCUUUCUUUUAAAACUAUUAUAACGGUAAUGAUAAAAUAUUACCUAUUUAUUUCUUAUAUACAUUUAGGUAUCCGGCAUGUACGAUGAAAGGAAUUUUAAUGUCGAAUUAUAUUUAAAAUUUGGAGAACUACUUCAUUUAAUAGCCUAAUUUAUCAUUGUACACAUGUACAGGACGGCGUUGUGGCUAUAAACCUAACGUACGAAUUGUAGGAGGUACGGAAGCGCCCCAAGGAGCUUGGCCGUGGCAAGCACAAUUGAGGGAUAUAUAUGCAAGCCGGGAUGAGCAGUACUGUGGAGGAACGUUGGUUGCUCCACAAUGGCUUGUCACUGCUGCACAUUGUGUGACCGAUAUGACGCCCUCAGACAUCAAAGUGAGGUAGAUGUACAUACGAGUAUUAUCGCGUAUUAAGAGAUUCAUUUUAGUUUAUUCAUUUCAGUUCUUUUUAUGCGAGCUCAUGAAUCGUGAUGUUUUUAUUUGUUAUCUGAUUUUUUAUCUAUUGUGUACAUUUAUCUAUUUUGUAGUUAGCGUCUAGUUUUAAUGUCAAUUUCUUGUGAUUAUUUUUACUUUUUAGUUUUAUGUAAUUUUUGUAAACAUCGCCUUUGAAUCUUGUAGAAAAGGCGCUAUAUAAAUGGAUUAUUAUUAUUAUUAUUAUUUAUUGUUUAUAGAUACAGCUAAUGCUCGAAUUAGCGCCAGGGGAGCGCGGUGUCGAAAAAAGGUUGCCGAUUGGGGACGUGGGAGCACUGACUUCGUUUUUCGGAGUUCGGAGCUUAAAAAAACAUUGUCUUUUUCCAAAUAAACUCAGGCUGUGGCAAAAGUAUAACGUAUCCUUAAAGCGAAACAAUUUUUUUAUGUGACCACCCUCAAAGUGCUGUUUCCUUUGAGGUCCUCUUUGUUCUGUAUUGAAAUGAUACUGAUCUACGUAUAUACUAUACAUUCAGUAUUUUUCCUUUCUAUGGUGACAGUUUGGGGUGGGGCACUUAUUUGAAGGAGGGAGCUUAUUUGGAGGUGCGCGCAAAAUCGAGAAUUUACAGGAAUAGACCUUUGGAGACCACAGGGUAGAUUGAUUAGUACGUUCUAGAAAAUUAUGUGCGAUGCGUUAGACUUUCGAUAAAACCGUAGAACAGUGUUUUAAAACUUUCUCACAAAGGAUUUAAAAUGUUUCCCAGCAAAAAGGUUCGUCAAUAGUCUUCAGUAAGACGAUACGUUUGAUGCCUAAUUUCAAACUUACAACAGGGCUAAAAAACCGAAGAGAACUAAGUUAUAAAAUAAAAUUAAAGUAUAUCUUUAGCUUAAUUUCUCUUCUUGAAUUUAAUUCUGUAGACUUGGAGCUCAUUUACGCAAUGGCUUUGUAGGAACGGAGCAGGAUUUUGAAGUGGCAAAAAUCAUAUCUCAUGACAGCCAUCACGUUCCUGUCGCAAAUGCUUAUGAUAUCGCCAUGGUAAAACUUAAGAGGCCCGCAAGAUUAGACAGAGCUGUUAAUCUGGCAUGUUUACCGCAGUCAGGAGGAAGAGUCAAAAAUCGGAAGAUGUGUUGGGUAACAGGUAUGCUUGAGGAAAAAAUAUUAAGGCUGGCUGAGGAGAGAUUAUUGUAAAAUCUGUCAGCGAAAUUAUUUUCGGCUUUGCCACAAGACUUCACAAAGGGCUUGGUUUCUUUUACUGAGUUUUGUACUCAAGCUCGUUUUAGAGUGUUGUAUACUAUAAAUUUAAAGUUUUUUUGGCUGUUAAGUUUUGUUGACGUUUGUAUAAUGGUACCCUUAUUAUACUAGGGUUCGGAAAGCUGUCAUCAGGUGGGCCAUACGCUACUGCCCUUAUGCAAGUCGAAGUUCCAAUUGUAUCAGAUAACAAAUGUGCUGCCAGUUAUGGUUCAGGCCUUCAUNGUACAUUCUAGAAAAUUAUGUGCGAUGCGUUAGACUUUCGAUAAAACCGUAGAACACUAUUUUAAAACUUUCUCACAAAGGAUUUAAAAUGUUUCCCAGCAAAAAAGGUUCGUCAAUAACCUUCAGUAAGACGAUACGUUUGAUGCCUAAUUUCAAACUUACAACAGGGCUAAAAAACCGAAGAGAAUUAAGUUAUAAAAUAAAAUUAAAAUAUAUCUUUAGCUUAAUUUCUCUUCUUGAAUUUAAUUCUGUAGACUUGGAGCUCAUUUACGCAAUGGCUUUGUAGGAACGGAGCAGGAUUUUGAAGUGGCAAAAAUCAUAUCUCAUGACAGCCAUCACGUUCCUGUCGCAAAUGCUUAUGAUAUCGCCAUGGUAAAACUUAAGAGGCCUGCAAGAUUAGACAGAGCUGUUAAUCUGGCAUGUUUACCGCAGUCAGGAGGAAGAGUCAAAAAUCGGAAGAUGUGUUGGGUAACAGGUAUGCUUGAGGAAAAGAAUAUUAAGGCUGGCUGGGGAGGGAUUAUUGUAAAAUCUGUCAGCGAAAUUAUUUUCGGCUUUGCCGCAAGACUUCACAAAGGGUUUGGUUUCUUUUACUGAGUUUUGUACUCAAGCUCGUUUUAGAGUAUUAUAUACUAUAAAUUUAGAGUUUUUUUGGCUGUUAAGUUUUUUUGACGUUUGUAUAAUGGCACCCUUAUUAUACUAGGUUUCGGAAAGCUGUCAUCAGGUGGGCCAUACGCUACUGCGCUUAUGCAAGUUGAAGUUCCAAUUGUAUCAGAUAACAAAUGUGCUGCUGGUUAUGGUUCAGACCUUCAUGAAUCCAUGAUUUGCGCUGGAUAUAAAGAGGGAGGAAAGGAUUCCUGCCAAGCAGAUUCAGGUGGACCACUUGUCUGUGAGAGAAAUGGACAGUUUGUUCUCGAGGGCGUGGUAUCGUGGGGUCACGGAUGUGCCUGGCCUAAGAAAUAUGGGGUCUACGCUAAUGUGCGCUUCUUAAAGCAAUGGAUUGAUGAUACUAUGAAAAAUAAUUAA